CGAGCCCAAGGGCUUCAUUCUUUGCCUCGUGGUUCACUUACACACCAAUCUAAACCCACCACUUCGCGCCGUGCAACGAAAGGCAUUCGCCCUCGCCCUUUCGGACAGAAAGGCUUCAACUAAACGCCCGAGAGAAUAUCACAUAAGAAAAGGGGCAUCGCCCGCCUCAGGCAAUCCAAAAAAAUGCAAGGCCUCACCGUGCCCGGUCCGGCUGUGCACGCCUCGGAAGCCACUCUAGGCACCACCACCGUAUCCAGAUCUCAGUCUAAAACCUGCAGGAAGAAACUCGAGACCUCGCCAGACCCGAAUCUGGAGAGACAGCAGCGGCUCCUUCACACACUGCCAACGGAGUUGCAUGUCAAUAUCAUGGCUCAUCUGUACCAGGACCCGGCUUCGCAGAUCUGCUUUGGGUUGGCGUCGAGUUACUUUUAUUGGCAGGUGUUCCAUGAGGUGAGGGAUGAGAAGGAGUACGGUAGAGACGGGAAAGUGUAUCGGCCUGCGAAUGAUCUGCGACUGCAAGUAAGUGUUUGUGGUCAGUAUUCGGUGUAUGGGCGGUGGGAAUAUGGCUUCCUGUUAGAUGCGUGGGAUAUUGAGUGGCAUAGAAGUCUUGGGGAGUUGUUAUCUGAAGAGCAGUGGUUGUGGGGUCAGUUGAGGUAUUGUGAAGAGUGCGUGAAGUACAAGCCUGCUAGCGCUUUUGAGGAGUUCGGUGGAGAGCAAGAAUUGUUGAAGGGUGUUGAAGAACGGCGGGUGGAAUUGGUCGCAGAUUUUCAGUGGCUUGAAGGUAUGUGCAAGAGGUGCAGGGCGAAACAACUUCUUAGGGAUUUGGGGGAGAGGGAAGAGGCUAGAGAACAGGAUGGUAAUCCAUGGGAAGAGAGAAGGAGUCUGGGGUUGAAGAAAGUGGAAGUUGGUGACAACGCUAAGGAUCUUUUGCGGGAAAAUGAAUAUGCCUUGACUCCUUCAAGGUACUGGGAAGAAUGCGAGGCUUCAGAUGGAAACUAUGAGACGUGGGAAAGUAUAUUUUCAAAGUUUGGUAUCUGAUUUGGGGAAAGAAAGUAGGCCUUGGGUAUCCUCCCCUCUUAGACAUCCCCUCCACUUGGACUAGAAGCAUGGUAGAAACUGGAAACUAGAAUACGCAGUCAGAAAUUGCUCACUUUAGUUCAAGAGGUCCUAGAUCGAGCUCCAAGUUUGCGACCCAUUGAAAAAAUCUAAGGGCCAACAAGCAGUCUUUGC